UCUGACCGUGUGUGGCAACCUUUAAGUGCAAAAAGUCUGGCAGCGCUGCCGAAUCCAAAAUGGCUACGCGAGUAGAAAAUUUUUGUACAGAAGAAGCGUCCAAGGAGAGUAAACGCCGUGACCGUGUGUGUUUUCCCAGCAAUUUUAAUUGCCAAUAAAAUACAAAUAUUCAUUCGCAACAAACAAAUAAACAAUUGUGCUAACCGCGGAAAUAAACGUGCAAGUGUAUUGCAAUGGCAAACGAAGGCAAAUAUAGCAAAAAGCGUGUAAUGCGAAACAUUUAAAUGAAAGUUUUUCGCCUCUGUGAGAAUUGAAUUCGUGCAAAAAGAGUAGAGAGAAAAAUUUUUGGCCAAAAUCGUUCGUUGAAGUUGAAGGUGAAAAUGAAAUGAUGCAUCAGUAAAAACAAAUUGAAAAGAGAAAAAAAAGACAAACACACAUUAAAAUGCCAAUAAUAACUGAAACGUUUUGCUAAAUAAAAGAAACCCAAACAAUUUUUCAGUUUCCACCAUACGAAAGCGAAACUAUUUUGUGCACACAAAGUAACUUGUUUGUGUAGUGGUGUGUUAGUGUGUGAGCGUGUUUGCUGCUUCUGCGUGUAUGCAUGUGUGUGUGUGCAGCCAGCAAAUUUUGCGUUGUUUUUGUAUGUGUUGCAGAGAUGAAUGAACAAUGAAAAAUGAAUAAUGAAAUGGAAUAAAUAUCCUGAAAAAACUAAUUAUGUUCACCAAGCGUACCAGCUGCUGGUGAAUACAAAAUUCACGCGCUAAAAUUAGACUACGCCCAAACAACAAAAUAAUAAUACGCCCACAACUAAAGAAGGUUUAACGCACUCUCAAAAAAAAAAAAAAAAGUAAUUAAAUAAAACAUAAAAAUGGAUUUGGAAUUGGAGAAUCUGAAGAAUGAUUUUCUGCCGCUGAUCGCCGGUAUAAAGCAGGAGCAAUUGGAUUCGGUGGCAUCGGAUGUGUUGCCACCCAUCAAUAAUCAUUUGCCCAGCACAGCGGCAACAACAUCCACAUCCUCGUCAUCGUCCUCGUCCGUUGGCAAUCCUUGCGACAGUGCUGAGAAGCGGUCGGAAUCAAAUUCAUCGGCAUCCGCCAAAUUUACGCUGUUCAAGUGCGUCUAUUGCGCCCAGCUGCUGGGUCUCAAUGAUCGACCCAAGCUGUUGGAAUGCCUCCAUGUGGCAUGCGGACAGUGUGUGAACACAAAGUUCUCCGAACUGGAUCGUUCGUUGCCGCCACUGAUCCACUGUCCAGUGUGCGAUAAUGCCUCACAGAAGGGUUACAUCAUCGAGAAUCAAUUCUUGAUUGAGCAAUGCGCCGCUGGAGAUGCUGGCGAUGGCAAUGGUGCCGGCGAUGGUUCGAAGAGUUCACAAGCUGCCAAUAUUCAGUGCAGCAGUUGCUCGGAUGGUGCUGUUGCCACAUCCUGGUGUGUGGACUGCUCCGAAUAUAUAUGCGAUAGUUGUGUGCAAGCGCAUCAACGUCUCAAGAUCACCAAGGAUCACACGAUCAAGCCAAAGGAUGAGGCCAAUAAUGAACAACUCGCCGGCACUGUCGGCGUGGAUAAGCUGCACAUGUGCCAGCUGCACACACAGGAGAAGCUAUCGCUCUUCUGUGAGACGUGCGACAAGUUGACCUGUCGCGAUUGCCAGCUGAGCGAUCAUCGCGAUCAUAAAUACAAAUUCGCCCAUGAAAUUGCCACUGAAUCGCGACAAGCUCUCUCCACACUCGUCUCGGAGAUCAACUACAAACGCUUUUUGCUGUCAUCGGCCACCAAGGUGAUCGAUGAUCGACAGCAGCUAAUACAUGACAAGAAGAAGGACCUGAUCAAGGAGAUUACAGCCAUGGUGGUGAAGAUCACCAAUACGGUUAAUAUGCGUGGCAAACAGUUGGUGAUGCGUCUCAACGAGGUCUGCGACAGCAAACUGAAAGUCCUGGUCGAGAAGAAGGAAACGUUGCAGUUGCUCUCGGAUAAUACAGAUCAUUGCAUUGAAUUCAUGCAGAAUGCUCUCGAAAAGGGCAGUGAUUUUGCCAUUUUAUCCAGCAAAAAAUCACUGGUGCGUCAUUUGCAGAAACUCAAAUGUCAACGGGCUGAUAUACCCAAUCCCGAGAUUCCGGUUAGGAUUCAGGUGCAGCUCAAUCAGGUCACCGAACUACAGAAGGUCAUCUCACAGCUGGGCAUUGUAAUUGUCGAUGGCAAACCAUAUCCACCGGCACCCGCGCCCUCACCCAAUGGCCCACAACCACCGCCGCCACGUCAGCCACCGAGUCCGAAUAUGGCGCCACCGUUGCGUCCCGUCCUGCCGCCAGGCAUGCCGGCAGGUCUCUCCCCAAACGGACCGCCAGGCGGCUUUGGCGUACAGAAUGGUCCGCCCCUGUAUAGCAAUGCCGCCGCACAACAGCAAUUCAGCAAUCUGUCCAUGAGUCGUUCCUUUCCAGGCGAUGGGUCAGUUCGAUUUGGUGGCAUGCCGCCGGUGGGCAUGCAGCGUCAGGGUCAGCCACAUGUCAGCUCCUCCACACAUCCGCAGAAUAUGGACAUCAGUUUGCGUGGUCUUUUGAAUAAUCAGGCGGCGCAGAGCCCAAAUGCUCAUAUGGCCUUCAAUGGGCCGCCCAGUUAUCCCGGUGGACCACAGGGUGCACCAUCACCGGCCCAUCAACAGCAAAUGCCACAGAUGCGUCCGCAUUUUAUGCCAGGCCAGCAGAAUUUCGGGCAGGGUGGCGGACCCGGCGGCGGCGGCGUCAGAGAUACCAACAGCUUCAUGAACAGCAGUGCGCGCUUCCAGUCGCAAUAUCAGCGCAUGGCGAGCCAUGUCCAACAGCAGGCGGCAGCAGCAGCUGCGAUGGCUGGUGCGGGUGGCGGAGGCGGGGGACAGAUACCCUCGCCCGGUUCACUGCAACGGCCCCCAAUGAUGCCCAAUCCCAUGCAGAAUGCGUUGGGGUUUCAUGGGAGCCAGGCUGGCUUUAACGCUGGUCCGCCGCAAACGUCGCCGCAGCUGAGCAGCGCCAUGCACAGCCUGGCGAAGUGGCAUAUACCACAAUCCGCGCAGCAAUCAAACAUUUGCCAACAGCAAGGGCCACUUUUGCCCUUCGCCAAUGGACGUCAGACAUCGGAAAAUUUUAAAAUCUCAUUGAAAUCGCCAAAUACUCUGAAGAAUAGCACACCGCCCAGCAGCGUUAGUGUUGGUGGCCCGCCCAGUUUGCCAGCCUUGGGCAAUGGGACAACAUCGGCCAACAAUUUGGCGCAAUUGAAUGCUGCCGCCCUGGGCCUGGGGCCCGCUGUAUCCAUACUCUCCAAUGUCACAUCGACAAAUCCAAAGACACCCAGUCCCAGCACACAUGAGAAUACCAAGGAUUUUACAGAGCCCAUUGAUAAGGUGCGUGAUGAUUCCAUCAAUGAUCUGAUUGCCACCAUCGCAAAAUUGGACUCGAAUGGUGUGCAGGUGCUGCCAGAGGGACGUACCAAGACCACCUCGCCGCAGGUGCACAGCUCAACGGAUCUGUCCAAUACUCAAGAAGUUAAUAAUAAAAACGAACAAAAAGACGACCCCAAUGAGGAUUGGUGUGCCGUGUGUCUGGAUGGCGGCGAAUUGAUGUGCUGCGAUAAAUGCCCCAAAGUAUUCCAUCAGAAUUGUCAUAUACCCGCGAUUAGUUCGCUGCCGGACGAAAGCGAAUCCUGGCAAUGUCUGCUCUGUGUCAAUCUCAAGGAGCUAACCAAAGCCGAAUCCAACGAAAAACCGCAUCCCAACGAGCUGAGCAGCGUCGAGCUGCGAAUACUGCAACGUAUCUGUCUGGAGCUGUACUGUCAGUACGAGCAGAGUCUCAACUUUCGCGAACCGGAAUCGCCGGCUAACUCACAAUACUAUGAGAUUAUUUGCAACCCCAUGUCAUUGGAUGUUAUACGCACGCGGCUGGAUCCCUCCAGUCCCAAUCAUUACAAGGAUAUAGCCGGUUUUGUUUUCGAUGUGCGUCUAAUCUUCAAGAAUACGUAUCUCUUCUAUCAGGAGGAUUCGAAAACGUUCAGCAAUGCCAAGUAUUUGGAGAACUUCUUCGAAGAGCAGCUGGCCAAAUGGUUGCCGAACUUUGGCAGCAAGAUCGGUGCAAACGGUGCAUCCACCUCAAAUUCACCAAGUUUGCUAGCUGCAGCGGCUGGGUCGCCUGCACCAAUUGAGAACGGUCGCAAGAGCUGCAGUUCCGCGUCGUUGGCGGACAGUGAGGAUGCUUGCUUGCCGGCCAAACGGUCGCGUCGCUCGGCGCACGAAUAGAACGAACUUUCGCCCGACGAGAAGGGCACGGAUGAGCAGCCGCCGGUGGUAGAGGAUAAUCAAAAGCAACAACAGCAUCAGCCGCCAAUUGAGGAUGAGAAGCAGCAGAGGCAAGAGUCGCACUUUGAUGAUUUGGAGCUGGAGUUGCCACAGCGACCGCGUAGUUUGGGUAGCAAUACGAUACAGGAGAGUGCCGACUACGUGCUCCAGCUUCUGCAUGCAUAUGCCGCUGCAUUUGGGCUCUAAUUCGAUUCAGGAGGAACAUAUCCGUACUCACAAACACACACAGAGACACACGCUCACAAACUACCAAGACCAGCAUUGUUGUUGUAUAUUAUAUAUUGGCGCUAUUACAACAAAUAAUAUAUAUACAUAUAUAUUAAAGAAUUUAGAAAAAAAACAAGCUGGUGGCUGGUGUACAUUUAGUUAUUAACCCACACACACACACACACACAGACAAAAACAUACUGUAAAUACACACAAGUCAUUUGAUAUGAUUUAUUUUCGAUUAUAAUAAUGCAUGAAUAAACUCGAUGGUCACGUGAAGAAUA